AUGGGCGUCUCGUCCACAUUUAAUACCGCCAUAUUGUUUGGCCGUGGUCCUGGAGAGUCCUACAAAGACAAAAAGCUUUCUCAACUCUACGGUAAUUACACCGUUAAUAUCGAGGAGCUAUGGGUGGAUUAUGAAAUUACACAGGAGAGUUCGAACCGCACGGAUACCCGCUGGGUCAGAUUGAGCUCGACUUCUGACCCAGAUAUCUCCCUGAGGGCACAUUUUGGAGAGCAAGAGGGGUUUGGCUUCUGCGCGACACACCAUCAGGUCAACGAUGUUGACAAGGCACGACAUCCUUUUGAGUUGAAGAAGAGCAAGAAAGAUUGGGUGAUCUUGAGACUGGAUACAAACCAUCACGGGCUCGGGACAGCCAGCUAA